AUGGCAUCUCCAUUAACGCCGCGGCUCCUGGUGCUCUAUGGUAGCGAGACUGGCACUGCUCAAGAUGUGGCUGAGUUUGUCCAGCAACUUGCAUUCAAUCGACAUCUACUGGAUACUCAGAUCUUCUCCAUGGACGCGUUUCCAGUGUCGCAGUUGCUGCCUCAGUGCUCCACUGUCAUCUUUAUCGUCUCAACGACUGGCGAUGGCGAGGCACCUGAGAAUAUGCGCAACAGCUGGCGCUGUCUAUUGCAAAAGAAAUUAGGGACUCAGUGGCUGGUUGGUGUCCGGUUUGCAGUCUUUGGAUUGGGCGAUUCCAGCUACGCCAAGUAUAACGCAGUGGCCAGACGUCUUCAGGGUCGACUGCUGCAGUUAGGAGCCUCGGAGCUCAUUGAACGUGGACUAGGAGAUGAUCAACAUGCUUAUGGAUACUUUGGAGCCCUGAACCCAUGGCUGGAAAAGCUUUGGGCGGCUGUUUUACAGCUGUAUCCACUACCGGAAGGACAGAUAGUCGAUGAUUCCCCAAAACCAAUCGAGCCUCGUUACUCUGUCACGAUACAUGGCACUAGAGAGACGGAGGUGGACGUUGCAAAAGGUUUGACGCCAAGAACAGAUGAGUCGAGCUUUUAUGCACCACCACGUACGUCGGUCGGACGUGAGAAGGGCAUUUACUGGGCUCGUGUCGUUGAAAACAAACGCAUUACAGCAGAGGACUGGGAGCAGGAUGUGAGGCACUUGGAGUUUGAUAUUGACAGCAGCUCCUGUGUAGGCGACCCUGCUGAAGUUCCAUUUAGAGCUGGAGACAUUGCUGUAGUGUAUCCUGAAAAUGUGACGGGUGUGGACGACAUGCUCAAGUAUGUAAAGUUAGAUGGAGACACUGUCAUUUCAAUCAGCGCAGGCGAUGGCUCGAAGCAGCUCGAUCUGCCUUCCCCAAUUACUCUUUAUGAUUUGUUUACAAAGUUUUUGGCAAUCCUGGAAACGCCGCGGCGAAGCUUUUUCGAGAAAUUGUCAUUAUUUGCAACGAAGGAAGAGGAGAAAGAGAAGCUCGAGGAGUUGGCGUCCGCUGAAGGUGUAGAUCUUCUCUACGACUACUGCAUCCGCGAAAAGAAGACGUACGUAGAGGUGCUGACGGACUUCCCCAGCGUGAAAGUGCCGUUGACAAUCCUGCUGCAACUGGUUCCUCGUCAACAGCCUCGAUCGUACUCUAUCUCAUCGUCUGCUUUACUCCAUCCGGGACGUGUGCAUUUGACCGUAGCCAUUGUCAACUUCUUGACUCCGUACAAGCGCCGUCGAAACGGUAUUUGUUCGGCAUUCUUUCAGUCGUUGGACCCUUCGAAAGAGCAAAAGCGCGUACCAAUGUGGAUUAAGCAUGGCCUCUUUGAGCCGCCUGGACUAGAGCGAGACAUGUUGCUCAUCGGCCCGGGAACUGGACUAGCCAGCAUGCGGGCAAUGGUGCAGGAGCGACAAUUUCUUCGCAAGCAAGGAGGUGACAACAGCUCUGGGGCCAUCUACCUCUACUUCGGAUGUCGCCACAAAAACAAGGACUUCCUGUAUGGAGACGAGCUGCGUGGCCUCAUGACGUCGGGCGACAUCACCGAGUUACAUACUGCGUUCUCACGUGACCAGGACCAUAAAAUUUAUGUGCAGACGCUUCUGGCAGAGAACAAGGAGAGUGUCUUCAACUUUAUCGUGAACGGUGAGGGAUGCAUCUACAUCGCCGGCUCGGCCAAACGAAUGCCGAACGAUGUCUACGAGGUGCUCCGAGACAUUUUACGCUCGGUCGGAAAAAUGCCACUACCAACUGCGGAGAAGAUAAUGAAGACAUUGGCUCGAAAAAAACGAUACGUGGUAGAAUCGUGGUCGUAG